UCGCCAAAAAUGUCAGCACAAUUGGCGGCUUAUUCAGCUGUCGGAUUAAGUAUUUGUUCUUUAACAGCAUGCCUCAUUUUCCUUCCUUCUCUAUACAGCAAAAUCUCGGAAAUUCAAUAUGAUCUCGAUUUGGUAAUGAAACGCUUUACUUUUACUCUUACUUUUACUUUUACUCUUACUUUUAUAAAAAUAAAUCAUAAAAACUUGUUAAGAUUAUUUUUCAAUUUUCAGGAUAUGGCAGAGUUCCGUGGAUUACAAGAUCAAUUUUACAUACGAAUGAAGAGCGGGAAUGUUGAAAUGGGCAGUUCCCCACUAAUAGUCUAUCGUCAGAAGCGUGAUCUUUCGUUGCCUGGACAAUGUCGUUGUGAGCCAUCAACAGCAUGCCCAUCAGGUCCACCAGGUCCUCCCGGUGAACCUGGAAUGGAUGGUGCCCCAGGAGAACCUGGUCCACCCGGACCUCCAGGAUUGCCUGGAAAUCAUCCACCAGUUAAUGUUGAUAUAAAGGGCAAUUGUCGUAUUUGCCCAAAUGGUCCACAAGGCUUUCCAGGUCCUCCUGGUCCUCUUGGACCAGUUGGGGAAAUUGGCCCACCUGGACCUCCUGGAUUCCGUGGUGAACCUGGAUUUGAAGGUCCAGUUGGUGCUCCUGGUCCCGUAGGUGAACCAGGUGCAAAUGGCCAAAAUGGUCCACCAGGACUACGAGGUAGAAAUGGUAUUAAGGGUUCAAAAGGAGAACCAGGAUUACCGGGACCUAGAGGACCACCUGGACCUCAAGGAUUCCCAGGACCUGAUGGUAAUGAUGGAAAUCAAGGUUUCGUAGGAUCACAAGGACCACCCGGACCAGCUGGAGAAGCAGGACCAAAUGGUUCACCAGGGUUCACUGGUCCGCCGGGGUCACCAGGAGCACCUGGAGAAGAUGCAUCAUACUGCCCUUGUCCGCCACGGCGUACGACUACAUAA